CACGUGACGGUUGGCAGCAGCUGCUCUUCCUCAGCAGCCGCCACUUGCUACACGACUCGCGAGUCGCGUCUUCGCGUUGUUUGUUGUCUUGUAUAUUUUUUUUUUUUUUUGGAAAUGUUUACCAAUUGGCUAACUGGCAGCAGCGGCAGCGGCAGCAACGGCAACGGCAACGUCAAUAGCCGCCUGUCGAAUGCCGCUGCCACAAGCUGCAGCAACAUGCCGCUUGGCGUUGGCGGCGUCAUGUCCACGCCGCCGGAUGUUAUACUCGAGGUGGGUCCAGCGCCGAGCAGCGUACGCUUUGUGGCACACGCUCUGGUGCUGGGCAUGCACAGCGGCUAUUUGCGCUCGGCCAUACGCAUGGAUGAGGCAACAGUUGCAGCCGCAGCUGCAGCAGCAGCAGCAACACCAACAGCAAGUGCAACUGUUGCUGCUGCUGCUGCCGCGGCUGCUGCUGCUGCUGCUGCUGGCGGUGAAUUGCUGCUGUAUCUGGGCAAUGUGACAGCGGAACAGUUUGCGCCGCUUUUGACAUACAUGUACACCGGCUACUUGGAUCUGAAUGUGGACAACAUAUUUGCCGUGUUGCUGGCGACGCAUGUGCUGCAUAUGCCGCGCGCCCUGGAGAUUUGUCGCGCAUUUUUGGCGCGCGCCCAAACCGAAGGCUAUCUGAGCGGCAAUCCAGCCAAUCCGCACCAGCUACAGCUGGCGGCCAGUGGCGCCGCCUCCAAGAUCAUCAGACCCAUACCAAGCAAAGCGACAUUGCCCAAUUUUGGCUUUCUGCCAGCGCCGCCGCCGCCGCCGCCAACAAUUGCUGCUGCAGCCUACAUGCAACAGCCUGUGGCAGCAGCUGAACAGUUGCAAUUGACAGAGUCGGAACAGCAGCAGCAGCAGCUGGAGAAGCAGAAGAAGAUAGAGGAGACAGAGGCGGAGGAGGAGGAGGAUGUGGAGGUGUUUAUCGAUAGCAAUACGGCCAGCGACAAUGAACUGGACACGGAGGAUUGUAAUGUGUCCGUCGUAAGCAGCCUGGCGAGCAGCAGCGCCGCCAGCAGCCUGAACAUUGAGCGUGUGGAAAGCAAAAAGCAAGCAACGCCGCCGCCGCCGCCGCCAGCGCCACCAGCAGCAGCAGCAGCAGCAACUGUUGCCAACAAGCUGCGACGCGGCGGCAACAGCGCACGCAAAAGCUCAACCAAACGCGGCAGCAGCAACAACAACAGCAACAACAACAGCAGCAACAACAACAACAACAACAACAGCAGCAACAGCGGCAGCGGCAACAAUCGUGGACAGCAGCUGGCCAAGACGCCGCUGCCGAGCGUGCAACUGGAGACGGCAACACCGGCCACCAAAUUCAUCAUCGAUGUGGCCAGCUGCGAUGGACCCGUGCGCUUUCGCCGCAUACUCAACACGGCGUACGGCCAUAAGCCGGACAACAGCUGCCUUGAGGCAGCUGGCGGCGGCGGCGAGCAGCGCACACAACAGAGCGUCAGCUAUUCGUUUCACCAACAAAUGGCGCGGGCCAUCAGCAGCCAGCAGCGGCAGCAGCAGCAGGAGGCGAACGAGAACAGCGGCGAUGUGGCAGCAGCAGCAGCAGCAGCAACAACUGCAACAGCAGCAGCAACAACUGGAGCAGCAGCAGCAACAUCUGCAACACCAGCAACACAUCGCAAGCAAACGCAUGCGGAGCUAUUCGUAUGCGUUUACUGCAAACAUACGUUCAAAUCGCAAUAUUGCUAUCAGAAGCACGCCAAGCGGCAUCUCAAUCCGCUCAGCUUGGACAAGAAGUUGGCGGCGACAACGACGGAGCUCAGCAGCAGCAGCCGCGAAUUGCUGGGCCAAACAACAACAACAGCUGCAACAACAGCAGCAGCAGCAGCAGCAACAACAGCAGCAGCAGCAGCAGCAGCAACAACAGCAGCUGCAGCGGCAACAGUUGCUGCGGGCGCAGAUGCCACAUUGUCGGCAGCAGCCUUGCUGCGACGCGAGGUGCGUCCGCUGGACAUGAACGUGCAAUAUUAUCCGUGCAAGACGUGCGGCAGCAAGUUUCCCAGCUACUAUUUUGUGCACAAGCAUCGCAAGCUCUGUCAUGCCGAUGAGCUGGACAACAGCAGCAACAGCAACAACAACAACAACAACAACAACAACAGCUCGACUAGCAGCAGCAGCGGCGGCAGCAGCAACAGCAGCGCCGCAAAACGUGAGGCAACAACUGCAACGGAUGCCUUGGAGGCAGCGCCCUAAACUAAUGCAACAAGGCAAAACAAAACAAAACAACUAAUCGAUUAAUUAUCGAAUUAAGCACGCAAUUAAAUGCACGCACACUCACACAUACCAAAGCACAACCUUUUUUUUUUUGUG